UGACUCACUCUGUUUGGACGCCCGUUAUCGUCUGCAAAAUGGAGGACCAUGGCACUAAAGAGCCUGAGCAGCUCAGAAAGCUGUUUAUUGGAGGUCUGAGCUUUGAAACCACGGAGGAGAGUUUACGGGCCCAUUUUGAACAAUGGGGUACUCUCACGGAUUGUGUGGUGAUGAGGGAUCCCAACAGUAAACGAUCAAGAGGGUUUGGCUUUGUGACAUACUCCUCUGUUUUGGAAGUGGAUGACGCCAUGAAAGCAAGGCCUCACAAAGUAGAUGGGCGAGUAGUUGAACCCAAGAGGGCUGUGUCUAGAGAGGACUCCAACAAACCUGGCGCCCAUCUGACCGUGAAGAAGAUCUUUGUCGGUGGAAUCAAGGAGGACACUGAGGAGUACCACAUCAGGGAGUAUUUUGAGAAAUACGGAAAGAUUGAAUGCAUUGACAUCAUGGAGGAACGCUCCACUGGGAAGAAGAGAGGAUUCUGCUUCGUGUCCUUCGAUGACCACGACACUGUUGACAAAAUUGUUGCCCAGAAAUAUCACACAAUCAACUUCCACAAUUGCGAGGUCAGGAAAGCUCUCUCCAAACAGGAAAUGAGUGCUAUGUCCAGCAACAGGGGCAGGAGUGGAGGAUCUGGAAACUUCAUGGGGAGAGGCAGUAACUUUGGAGGAGGUGGCAACUAUGGCCGAGGUGGCUUUGGUGGAGGGCGAGGAGGUUAUGGUGAUGAUUUUGAUAAUGGCCCUGGAGGUAAUUAUGGAGGAGGGCCAGGUUAUGGGGGAGGCCGGGGUGGAUAUGGAGGUGGUGGUGGUCCAGGUUAUGGGAACCAGGGUGGUGGAUUUGGAAGCAGCUGUGAUGGAGGAUACGGAGGUAAUGGUGGAGGAUAUGGAGGGGGUGGUAAUUACAACGACUUUGGAAAUUAUGGUGGGCAGCAGUCCAACUACGGGCCCAUGAAAGGAAACAACUAUGGUGGCAGAAACUCAGGGGGACCCUAUGGUGGUGGCUACGGCCCUGGGGGUGGCGGUGGAGGCGGCUACGGCUCCCGGCGAUACUAAUUAUCUCAUGUUUUGGCUUCAGUUCUUAGCAGCAGAGGCGAGGAGGUGAGCAAAGGAGUUGUCAGGAAAGCUGCAGGUUACUUUGAGGCAGUCAUCUGAAAGCAUUAGAGGAACACACAAGUCAGACUUUUACUGCAGCUAAAUGAAGAAGGACUGUAUACACAAGACAUGAGUGCAGAUGAUGCCCCUCUCUAAUUGUGAUAGAUGUUUCCCUAUUAAGCAAUUUUUCCUUUUGUGCGUCUGAAGUGUGUGUAUUGUGCCUAUGGUAUCAGGGGUAAAGAGUAAUUUUUUUAAAAAUUUGAAGUCAGUUUUAAUAUGUUUUUUCUUUUGAUAUUGGUUAGUUUUCUGCUGGUCAAUUAAUAUUUUGUCUUUUAACCUGGUUGUGUCAUAUAGUAUAGUUAAUAUCAGGCCAUCAGAUGAGCUAGAAUUACACAAUUUUUUUCUUUCUGACGUUAUUAUGAUUGCUCAAUUACAAGUGUCAAGUGUACUAUGAUUUUGUAUGUGAAGCACAGUGUGUAAAUCCUUCAUAGUACCAGUGUGAACAGCUAUAAGCAGCCUGGAUUAGAAAUAAGGGAAUCCCUCACUCUUGUUCCCAGAAAACCGAAUUCUAGUUUGUUCCGAAUAUUUUGAUUAGUAGAAAAAGACCGAAUAAAAUUGUGUAGUAAAGUAA